AUGGCAGAUCCAAAUGCAGAAGUGAUUGCCCUGUCGCCAAAGUCGCUGAUGGCGACGAACCGGUUCAUCUGCGAAGUGUGCAACAAGGGUUUUCAGAGAGACCAGAACCUGCAGCUGCAUCGGCGAGGGCACAAUCUGCCGUGGAAGCUGCGGCAGAGAACGAAGGAGGAAGUGAGGAAGAAGGUGUACGUGUGUCCAGAGAAGAGUUGCGUGCACCAUGACCCUUGCAGAGCCCUGGGAGACCUCACUGGGAUAAAAAAACACUUCAGCAGAAAGCACGGUGAGAAGAAGUGGAAAUGCGAAAAGUGCUCCAAGAAAUACGCUGUUCAAUCUGACUGGAAAGCCCAUAACAAGAUUUGUGGGACUAGACAGUACAAAUGUGACUGUGGCACAAUAUUCUCCAGGAAGGACAGCUUUGUAACGCAUAGAGCCUUUUGUGACGCUAUGGUGGAACAAAGUGCGAGGCUUCCGGCAGUUUUAUCAAACCUGGGAAACGAGAUUUUGAUGAAUGCUCAAGCGCCGAGAGUAAUGCCUCAGGGUUUACAAUUGCACGGGUUUCAUUCAGAGUUUGGCGGGCCAGGUCCUGAAUCAUUCAUGGGGAAUUUUGCAGAUGCGGAACAUGAACAUAAGCUAAGGUUGCCGCUAUGGCUAGACCAGACAAAUCUUCAGCUUAAUCAUCCUCUUAGCGUUGUUCCAAGCAACUCAAGCGUAUUCUCACAAGGAACAACCUUGCCUGAAACAAACAACCUGUUCGGGACAUCAUCGUCACAGGCACAGUGGACGAAUUAUCGAUACCCAGAAGCAUCUUUUACAUGUGCCAAUAUCUCUAUGCCUCAUGGACUGAAGCUAGAGCAAGAAGAAAACAAAGGGGAGUUGUCGCAUAGCGUGAGCUCUUUGUACCCAAGUCACAUGGAAUCUACAAGGAUGAGUGGCAGUUCACCCUUCGACAACUCCAACUUUGGCUUGUUGGACCCGAACAUGUCAAGCACGUCCAACAACAACCGGAGCAAUGUGGUUGAAAUUCAGAAGAUAUUCAAGCAAGCAAACCAGGGUGAAAACUUCAACCUCAUGGUGAAUUCCCAAGCAAGCAGCAACAUGGGAGGUGGAUUUUCCUUGAGUAGCAGCACGAAGAGUUUGGAGCAUAUGAUGAUGCCACGGAUCGAAGAGUGGGAAAGUGGAGAAGCAGAAAUAAUGGAGAAUCAAGUACAUUCAAGUUCAAACACCAAAGAGCAUUUAACCAAAGACUUCAUGGGUGUGGGAGAUGGAUCAUUAAGCAGGCAAAUGGGGCCAGGAGUGAUUGGGUGGGCAUGCACAGUGAACAGGGAGCUAUCACGUGAUGAAAUCGAUAUCAUAGAGGCAUCCCGUGAAGGAUGUGGGGGCCAUUGCUUCAUGUUACGUUUUUACGAUGAUGCAAUUUUACUGGCUACAGCGUCUCUUGUCGAUGAUGACCUACUUUUAUUUGUUUUGAGUGACCUUUGGGAGGGCGUGAACUAG